AUGGAGAUUUUCUUUCACAAUGGUUUUCUUGUUAAUCCGACAAAUCCACAUUGGCUGCGAUCCGCCGCUGAUUUUCGAUAUGGAAGAGGCUUAUUGGGUGAAGCUGGAGUCUUAUACAUGGAGUAUCUGGUAGCAUCAAGAACUCCGUUGUUAUUGGCGCCACAUGAAAGUUUGGUGGAGGACUUGGUGUGGCGACGUUUGCGAGUUUGUCUAUCAAAGUCACAUUGGUUCACUUUAGCUGCAUUAGUAUGUCAGAACAUCGAGCACAAGAGAGAGGAUGACUACAUGAAAGCUAUGGAGGUAACACUUAUCUGUAUUAGCUCAUAAUU